AUGGAUUCAGCAAAUGUUUACGCGGUCCUCACCAUCAUGGCUACCUUUAUGCUCAUUCCCAUCUCCCUUGCCGUCGAGGGACCAAGCGCAAUGGUCAAGGGCUUCAAGAUUGCUUUCUCUACAGGGCGCAUGGGCUUCAUGUGGCAGAUGAUUCUGAGUGGCUUCUUCUAUUACAUGUACAACGAGGUAGCGUUCCUUGCAUUGGGCAAGCUGGACCCAGUGUCCCAUGCGGUGUGCAACACCAUGAAGCGUGUGGUGAUCAUCAUCACCGCCAUCGUUGUUUUCCGUACCCCGGUGACGGGCCUGGGUGUGCUGGGCAGCUCCGUUGCCAUUCUAGGCACCCUGAUGUACUCCCUGAGCAAGACCAAGUAUGCAAAGCCGCCUGGUGAUUUCGCUUCGUUGUCUCCGCGGCUCGUGGAAGAUUUUCUGAGAAAUCUAGUCCCCACACCCAGGAACCGGAUUACCGGCUACCGGAGCCGAAGCGUGCACAGAAGCAUUGACCUGACCACUUCCGGCUUUACGUUCAGAACUUCCAUGUUGCACGUUGGAGAGGACCUUGAAGAGCGCUGGCAUUCAAAGAGCAAGGGCCAAACAAAGCCUCUACUGCUCACAGAGAAGACCUUGCAUUGCUGGGGCAUGGUUCUCACCCACACGCGCUUACCAUGGACGCGACGGAGCAACUUCUACGAGCGUGGUCUGUCAAUGUGGAGGAAACGGAUCCCCGACUUCCGUGGCAUCGGGUACAAGGUGGUGGCAAAGGUGGGCAACCGUCUCCUGAGCAUUUGGGCCGGAGACCGGACAGAGUACACGCUGGGGGUGACCAUCAGGGAUGAGGCUGGGCCGAACCACUCGGGCGGCCUGUACGUUUGCCGCACUCAGGGUGCCGCUCUCCGGCACAGGGUCCCGGCGCGCCGUGGAGGCUUGUUCUUUGCUCCGCGACUGCUCCUGCGCUGCCGCUGCGAGGGGCCUUUCGUGGAAUAUCCAGGCGGCAAAAUUGCCUGCUCGGCCUUGACGCCCAUGGACCUGCAGCCUGUACCCUUAGGCUACCUGCACACCUCGCCGCAGCGCGCUGGUGCAGUGCCUUCUCCAGUGGCCGCAACCUUCGGUCCAAGCGAAGGUCUCCGCGUGGAGACAUCGGCGCUGGAGGCUGAGGUGGCUGAGCUUGAGCGCCGGCUGGGCUACCGAUGA